AUGUCAAUUAUCCAACAGCACACGAGCGCGACGCUCGGCGACGCCUGGCGCACCAUCAACAUUGACGCCCUGGAAGAGGACUCCAGCGUCAACUUCGACAUUUCGACACUCCACCCACCGCAGCCCGAAAUCGAUGAGGCGGAAGUGAAACAGCUCUCUGGACAAAUUAGGCAGCUUCUACGGGGAGGCGAUUCCGAGGGAGCUUUGAGGGGAAGCUUGGAGACACCUGUCUACAACGGAACAGAUGCCGCCAAGGAUGCGCACUUGCAUACAAUUAUCGAGGUUCUCCAGUCGAUUAAGGCGAGCGAUAUGUCCCCUUUACUAAAGAGCAUCUACGGAUCCGACGGCGGCCACGAAUGCUUGGAUGUUCUGAUGAAAUACAUCUACAAGGGAAUGGCCACUGUUCACCCUGGAACAGCUUCGCGAACACCAAACAAGGUGACACCUCAAUCGACAGGAGGAUUCAGUCAAAUCGGUGGACGACCUGGUGCGAACGAGUCGGCAACAGCAGCCAUGAGUGUCCUCCUUAGCUGGCACGAGAAGGUUGUUGAGGUUGCUGGCUUGGGAUGCAUUGGUCGCACAAUGACUGACUGGCGCCGGGUUUAG